GUGGACAGGAGGACUACGUGCUGUCGUAUGAACCCGUGUCUCAGCAGGAAGUGAACUACACGCGUCCCAUCAUCAUCCUCGGCCCGAUGAAGGACCGCAUCAACGAUGACCUGAUCUCAGAGUUCCCCGACAAGUUUGGAUCCUGCGUGCCUCAUACGACGCGGCCCAAGCGAGACUACGAGGUGGACGGCAGGGAUUAUCACUUCGUGGUUUCCAGAGAGCAGAUGGAGAAAGACAUCCAGGACCAUCGCUUCAUCGAGGCCGGCCAGUACAACAACCACCUGUACGGGACCAGCGUGCAGUCGGUGCGCGAGGUGGCCGAGAAGGGUAAACACUGUAUCCUGGAUGUUUCGGGGAACGCGAUAAAGAGACUGCAGCUCGCUCAGCUUCAUCCCAUCGCCAUCUUCAUCAAACCCAAAACUGUGGAGAACAUCCUUGAGAUGAACAAGCGUCUGACGGAGGAUCAGGGCAGGAAGACGUUGGACCGAGCCAACAAGCUGGAGCAGGAGUUCACGGAACAUUUCACAGCCGUGGUGCAGGGCGACACUCUGGAGGAGAUCUACGACCAGGUGAAGCAGAUCAUCGAGGAGCAGUCGAGCUCCUUCAUCUGGGUCCAGUCCAAGGAGAAGUUGUGAGGCUUUUAUUUUGAAAGGAAGAGUCCGCCUGCAGACGGCAGCCCCCCCAAAAACCCCAAAACCACCAGCGUCUCGUUUCAUUUUGUCUCCUUCGUUGGGUUUCCUCUCCACAGAGCAAAGCACACAGGAAGUACGAUGACAUCACACUCACGGUACAGAUCCUUAAUGUUUAAGGCCGGAGGAAGAGGAGGAGGAAGAGGAGUUAGUUUUUGUUUGGUGUGUGUUUCACUCUCAGGCCGACACAAAAAGCAGAACUUUGCACGUUUGAGCUUUAACAGCAUGUCCGUUAAUAACGCCGUUUAUUUCCCAUCAGCCCCUUCUGACGUUUUCUUCUCCUGCAUUUCAACGCUUUGUUUUUAUUUUACACACACACACACACACUUCUUUAUUUUGAUUUUCCUGCUGGCUGCUACAGGAUGUGAGGACGCCGUGCAGAGUUCCUACUCCGCCACCGGGGGGCGCUGUUUCCCUCGUUCAAUCUGGAAUACCUGAGGAAAAAUAUUCACUUAAAAGUACAAAGAUAGAAAGUAUUUUUAUAAUUAUCUCAGAAUAAAAUACAUCAAAUAAACACAUUUAAUUUACACAAAAAUAUAUUUUAUAAACCAAAUAAAACUCUAUAAUUUAACUUAUUUUUUCGUAACUCCAAAAAAUAAUUCACUAAAUGUGUUGAAAUAAAGAAUCACUUGGAAAAUCUAAAUCACAAGAAAACUGUCAUUAUUGUUAAAAAUGUAAUAAAAACCAAAAAUAAAUAAUCUCAUCUCGUUAUAAUUAUUAUUAAUCCUUUUCUAAUUAGUAUCCGUUGAUUUUAGGAAAAAUAUCUGAUAAAUAUGACGGGAAAAAAAUCCUCAUUAUUAGAAAAUAUUAUCUCAUAAUUUUGGAAAGUAAUCAAUAAAAUUCCCGAUAAAAAUAUCCAAUAUUCACAAAAUGUUUAGGGAAAAAAACGUUUAAAUUUGAAAUAAAACGCACAAUUUUUCAAAUAAUUAAAAUACAAUUUUCUUGUUUCUCAUAAUAAUAAAAUAAAGUUUUGGGAUAUUCUCCGUCUGUUCGUAGCGGUGUGCCGGCAGACGGGUGGCGGUGUGAUUCUGAUUCUUACUUUUUUUGUUGUUGUUAUGAUUGUUUUCGCGGAGCGGCGCCCUCUAGUGGCGCGAGCUGGAACCUCGUCUGCACACGAUGUCGACCCCCAGAUGAUUUUAUUGUAAAAUGAGAUUUUGACAGAUAUUUAACCCCUCGGUAAACUGCCUAUUUUGUUAUAAUAAAAGUCUAUAUUGAACUUUA